CCCUGUCGCGCCCACGCCCGCCCGACGGUGGCCCACGCGGCGGCCGGCCAUUCAGGGGCGCUGUACCUGCGUUGUUUGCCAGCCCCUGGCCCUGCCCUGCGCUUGCUGGCGGUCCCCCCUCUCGCCCUCUCGCAACACACAACACCACACUCGCACCGCUGACUGGCUGACGCCAGACGUCGCCUGCGCCAAUGUGCCUACGCAAAUGCACACGCCUGGUCGCUGCUGCAUCGCCGAAGCGCCGUGAAACACCAUCUGGAUAAAACAACAACAUCAUUAUCAUCAUCAUCAUCUACUGACUGUCGCAUUGCAUAACAAACGGCUCCCCCGUUGGCAGCCUGCCUGUCUGUCGGUUCGUUCUUCGGCAGCAGCGUUGGCACGCCUUACUUGCUCGUCACUGUGCAGAGUCUGCCGGUCCUUGCGCAGACCGACUCCGUCCAGAACGUCUCCAUAGUUUUGUUUCUCUUCUCCUCGUCCUCCUCGUCCAUGUAUAAUGCACUGUUAUUCCAAUUACUUGAUUUCAAUCCCAUGAUAUGGCCUCCCCUCUGAUGAUGUUACAUGCACACGUACACUGGAAGCAAUGGUACCUGACUAUCCAAACAAUCAUGCCUAGUGCGCAAUCCCAUGGCCGUCUAGGCUCGUCGCGCUGAUUGGCCCGCUGCACUGGCGACGUUUCAGUCUUGCCAGCAUCCCGACCGCCCAAUUUCCGCUAAGCCACUUUGGAAUCCCAUCACCACAUGGGCGUGAAACUCGCUCUUCCGCCCAACAUAAUGCGUUGCACUCUCCCUCGCUAUUCUCGUGCCUCUGAACCUUUUCCUCUGCCUAUACCGCCGUCUGUUCUAUCCUGUCGCAUGAAUCACUUGGACCACGAUCGCAAACAUCGAACCCACUCCACUCGCUCCUCCUCCCACCCCCAAAAAUACCCGUCCUCCAAACAUGCCGUCAGCAUAAACCUAAAUGCUAUUUUUGUGCAGCCAUCUUUCUCCGACUGUUUUGCGUGGCUUCUUCCCCCCAUCCCUCAUCUCCACCCUUAUCCGUUUUCCCACGGCCGAAUUUCCGUCCAAUCCUCCUCCGCCCAGCCUGCCCGCAGAAGCUUGAUGCCAUUGCCGUGCCACACAGCCCAUCUCUGUUCCUCUUCUCUUCUAUCUUCCAACAUCCUCGUCGCCUUCCACAUUGGCAGUGGACCCACCCACUUCUCAAUAAUCCAAGCGUCUGCCGGGAGAUUGCUGUGGAGCGCCACCCCUAUCAUUCAUUCACUGCUUGUUCCAUUUCCCCAUUGCCUGCCAUCAGAACUCAAUCUCUCGACUCCCGCUGCCGCUCUGCCACCCAGUCAGUGGCUCAGUCCCCGUUCUCAUUAGUCGACACAGGCGCUGGUCUAGCCGUCUAUUUGCGUUUGAACUUUGCCUGGUGUUGAUUGCGUUUUUAAAAACGAAAACAGUGGUGGUUAUGCAGGUCAAGAUUUCUCACGGGCGCUACCAACCUUGCGCAAACGCUCAUCUCAUCUCAUCUCGUCAACGUCCAACUCAGCAAUUUCCCUCCCUGAUGACGUGACGUGAUGCUACGAGAAUAAAAGAAAUAAAUAGCUAUCUUCAUCUACACACUACACUUGGUACACUACAUAUGCAUGCAUGGUUGCACGACCAAGAUUAUGCAUGUGUUGGUGUCAUGGUGCAUACGCUACAUACCGGUACACACCCAUCCGUCUCCUCGUGUCAUAGUCAUACACAUAGUCACACCUAAACAACCCAAGAGUCAAGUCAAAUCAAAACUCCAAUAUUGGAUUAGUCUUCUGUACUGCAUUCGUCCGCGUCACUGUGGUGUCUAAAGAAUUCCCGCGCCGUAUUCUGCCGCUCGCCAGCCCUUCUUAGCUUACCUUGUCUACCCGGCAGCCCGUACCCGCCUUCGUUUCGAAACAUCGAUGCACCAUGUGAAACUGACACACUUACACAUACACAUCCAUCCCCACUCUCUUACACACGCAUGCUCAUCUACACAUUUCCCACCAACGACGACGACGAUCUGAGGAGAUUCCAUGUGGAGAUGGAUACUCAGUCUGGGGGAAAUUACAACGCCACACACACUCUCUCUCUCUAAACCACACCCAUGUUUCUGAAUUUUUUUUCUUAGAAUCCAACAACAACUCCACAUUUUAUCGCAUGAAACGAAACAUUGUUUAUACCUAACCCAUCUCCUUGUCAUUUG